GGCGAUGGUAGUCCCCUCGAGGCAUCUGCGUGCCCUCCGUGCUCAUUUUGUGUUGGGUGAGCCUCUGCGACUCCGCGCUCCAGUCCUGUUCGCUGGGGUGUGGAGGAACCGCUGAAACCUGGAGCUAGCCCUGCGCCGCCUAAGAGGAGUCUACCCGGCGUCACCGGUAACUGACCGCCAGCCACGCUGGGGCCGCUAAAGGACGUCCACCUGGGCCUGGCCCCGCCGUGCCGUGGCCCCGCUCGCCUGGCCCUUCUCUCGGGCCACUACCUCUACUACCACUACGGCUGCGAUGGGCUGGAUGACCGGGGCUGGGGCUGUGGCUAUCGUACUCUGCAGACGCUGUGCUCGUGGCCAGAGGGUCAGCCACAGGCGUGCCUGAGCUGAUGGCCGUGCAGGGCGCCCUGGAGGACAUGGGCGACAAGCCCCCCGGGUUCCAGGGUUCCCGGAGCUGGAUUGGCUGUGUAGAGGCCUGCUUCUGCCUCGCGCACUUCGGAGGGCCCCAGGGGCGCCUAUUCCAUGUGCCCCGUGGAGCGGGUCUUCAGGGAGAACUGGAGAGGCUUUACUCCCACUUCUCAGGGGGUGGCGGCCCCGUGAUGAUAGGAGGGGACGCGGACGCCCAGUCCAAGGCCCUGCUGGGAGUCUGCCUGGGGCCAGGUACGGAAGCCUACGUGCUGAUACUGGACCCCCACUACUGGGGCACUCCAAAAAGUCCUGGUGAACUACAGGCAGGUGGGUGGGUAGCCUGGCGAGAGGUAAGCACAGCCUUUGACCCCAACUCUUUCUACAACCUGUGCUUGACCAGCAGAAACUCUGAAAAGCAGCAGCACACCGUGGACUGAGGGAGAAGGCCCAGAACUGAAACUGA